CACGUACUGGAAACACCUACUGGAAACACCGUUUGCAUGGGCGUGUAGAUGAUUAAUACGGGACUGUCUAUUAACUCAUUGCUUAUAGAUACGUUCAAAUAACCUACUUUAAAAAACAUCACGCCUCUUGAUUCCGUAUAUUAUCAUGUCAUGUCUGAUGCAGCUGUUUGAGCAAUGUCGGAAUCUGGCCACAGCCAGCCAGGCGUGUAUGGUCAGGGGCGGAGGAGGCGCCGACGCCGGGACAGGGAUCCCAUAGGACCGGGACAAAAUCUCUCGGGUCCGAGCCGUGAUCGCGAGUAUGUGCCUAGAGAACGCAGAGAUGGUAGUGAGGAUCCACCGGGACCACUUCUUCAGAAGACCCCCAUAAUUCUCGCGAAACCCCCUGGAGAAAGGAGCAAGCAGAGUCAGAAUGUUCCAGUUGGUGGCGCUCCAUCCCUUGAGAAACCCAUCAUGCUUAUGAAGAGCAGGGAGGAGGCUGGUAAACCCGGGACCCCGCCAGAUACCGGCCCACCCGUGACCGGUACUGGAGCUGCCAAGCUGGAGAGGGAAGGCCAGCGCCCAACCCAGCCCGUGUAUCAAAUCCAGAACAGGGGCAUGGGAGCAGCAGCCUCCAGUGCUGCAGUGGACCCUGUGAUUGGCCAGACAAAGUUGCUUCCGCCGGAGAGAAUGAAGCACAGUAUUAAGUUGGUGGACGAUCAGAUGAACUGGUGUGACAGUGCCAUGGAGUACCUGCGCGAUCAGACGGACAUGCUUGUGGUUGGGGUCCUGGGGCUUCAAGGGACCGGCAAGUCGACAAUCAUGUCUCUCCUGUCGGCUAAUACUCCCGAGGAGGAUCAGAGAGCGUACGUGUUCAGGGCUCAAACCCAGGAGAUCAAGGAGAGAGGGGGGAACCAGAGCAGCGGCAUUGACUUCUACAUAACCCAGGAGCGAGUCAUCUUCCUGGACACACAGCCUAUUAUGAGCCCGUCCAUUUUAGAUCACCUGAUCAACAAUGACCGCAAACUUCCCCCAGAAUACAGCCUCCCUCACACCUAUGUGGAGAUGCAGUCACUUCAGAUCGCUGCCUUCCUGUUCACUGUGUGCCACGUGGUCAUCGUUCUUCAGGACUGGUUCACUGACAUCAACAUUUACAGGUUCCUGCAGACAGCUGAGAUGCUGAAGCCCUCUACACCGUCCGCUAGCCACGACAGCACUGGAUCCUCAGGAAACGAUGAGGGCUCGGAGUAUUACCCCCACAUAGUUUUCCUUCAGAACAAGGCUCGGAGGGAGGAGUUCUGCCCCCGGAACCUGAAGAAGAUGCACAUGACUGUGGACAAACUGAUGGCUCACUCCCAUCUGAAGUACAAAGGCACCCUGUCUAUGCUGGACUGUAACAUCUUCCCCGGCCUGGGCCGAGACUACCUGGAGACCGAGGUGAACCUGUUCCUCCUGCCCAUGCAGGACAGCGAUGGGGAGGACACCUUAACCAGAGCAGGUUCGGCGUCGGGCACCGGUGGGGCUCCCCUCUUCUCCCUGCUGCCCGGGUACAGGGGCCACCCCACCUUCUCCUCUCAGGUGGCCAAGCUGCGCAGCCAGGUGCUGGCCAUGUCUCGCAGCCAGCUGUCCCACACCAUCCUCACCGAGAAGAAUUGGUUCCACUACGCGGCACGGAUCUGGGAUGGUGUAAAGAAGUCGUCCGCCCUCUCUGAGUACAGCCGCCUGCUGUCUUAGUGGCCCAGUUGUAGCUGCGACCACAGGAAGGCACGAGUGAGCGCUCCAGCUCCAGGCCGUCGGCCUGCCUUACCCACUGUUUGGACAUUUGGACAGCCUCCCAGCACCAGCAGGUUAGCUGGGGGGAGAGCCGGGCGAGGAGAGCAGAUGCUGGUCUGCUUUCAGAGGCCAAGCAAAAGAGAUUGUGUGGAGGAUCACAUUGGAUGGAUGGGUGGGGUGGGGGGGGUGGGGGGGUUAUCAGGUUGCAGGGACCUGUGCGACACUGAUUCCGAGUGUGUAAAGUUUUCAGACUGGUACGAUAGAGUGAGGUUAUGAAUGAUUUGAUGAUGUUUUUUAAUUAAAGAAAGAAAUGAUGCAAAUUAACAGAUGGGUCACGAAGGAAUUUUUUUUAUUGUUUUUCAUCCUCACUGGCUGUGGGGAAUGGCGAUGUGUAUAUUCAGAUUUUUGGAGCUUUUUUGGCUAUUAUCAAUAGCACAGUAAAGGAGCUGAGAGAGAGAGAGAGAGAGAGAGAGAGAGAGAGAGAGAGAGAGAGAGAGAGAGAGAGAGAGAUGGGAAGAGAUCCGGGUCACCAUGGACACUUGGACCCGAAUGUGGUGUGGGCGUUGUAGCCAGUUGCACCACAGCAUCGCCCGGACCUGAGUGACCUUUUAACAUGGCCGUCAGUGGAAGGGUCUGGAGAGGGGUGGCAAGCCUGUUUUCUGAAGGCAAUGUUCCCCCAGGUCAUAACAUUUUACGCUCACAGAAAUCAAUCGUUACGGUCUGUUGUUCAUACCAGGAACGUGAACGGCACAAACAGCAGUUUUAAGUAUCACUCUCAUGUGAAUAGCAACAUCCACACUGAACACGAAUUGUAGACAUGAACAUGAGGAGAGACUUUCCUAAUCAUUGAUCAGUGUGGAUGCUAAUAAUGUUAUAGCUAGAGUUGUCUUUAUAGUUGAUCCUAUAAUUGAUAUAUAAUUGAUCCUCGCUAUGCUGUACCUAUGGAGGCUGUUCAAUAGACAUGUGAUGAACUGCAUAGUACCUGCGAUGCAUUAUACAGCCAGAUAUGUGACCGUUAUUUUACUGGAAAACUAAAAGACUUGGGUUUUGAGUUGUAUGAAUUCAUAUCUUAUGGCAGAUCAGUGUGUAACACGAUGGAAGCCAAUGUUUUUGGCAUAAGCCAAAUUUUCUCCAAAAAUUGUUCCUCAUAUUACUUUAUAUAUGUACGUAAUAAAGCUUAAAUGUCACAUGUGAUCAUCUGCA